UCCUUGGCUCUGCUGCCCAAGGACCAGGUGUUUUAUAUAUAUAAGGGAGAAAAAUCCCUUUGCCCUUUUCCCGGGACCAACCAGAGCUGGCCGCUUGGAGUCUUUGCAACCAUGCCAGGCGGUUUUCUGUCCCUCCAGCAGCAGAGGUUGCUUGGCAGUCUAGGGAGGCUGUGGAGGGAGUGGGGCGGGCGCCCCAUCGCUGUCCAGGCGGGUGGGAGGCAAGGGGACGGGGCCAGGUUCCCCUUGGGCAAAGCUGCCAGCCGGUGGGUGUUUGCACAGGGCAUCCGGAGCUGGGCUGUAGCUGCCCCCUUGGCCAUGGCUGCUAAGGUGGAUUUGACCACGUCCACUGACUGGAAGGAGGCUAAAUCAUUUCUGAAAGGACUGAACAACAAACAGCGCCGUCCACAUUACUUCACCAAAGAUUUUGUCAAACUGAAGCAGAUCCCCACAUGGAAAGAAAUGGCCAAAAGCGCUCGGAUCCAGCAACCCGAAGGAACCAAUUACCCCAAGGAUAAUAAUCUGAAUGGGAAAAUCUCCCUCUUCCGAGGAGACAUUACCAAGUUGGAGGUUGACGCAAUCGUCAAUGCUGCUAACAGUUCCCUGCUGGGAGGCGGCGGCGUAGACGGAUGCAUCCAUCGCGCUGCAGGACCUUUGCUGAAAGAGGAAUGCCGGAGCCUGAACGGUUGCGAGACCGGAAAAGCGAAGAUCUCCUGUGGGUACCGUCUCCCAGCUAGAUUUGUGAUUCACACAGUGGGGCCCAUCGCCCAGGGGCAGCCCAGUUCCUCGCAGCAGACGGAACUCGCCGACUGCUACAAGAACAGCUUGAAACUCGCCCUGGACAACAAGCUGCAAACUGUGGCCUUUCCCUGCAUUUCCACCGGGGUCUUUGGCUACCCCAAUGACGCUGCAGCAGAGGUGGUUCUCAACACAUUACACAUUUGGCUAGAAGAUCACAAGGACAAGGUUGAGCGACUGAUCAUCUGCGUUUUCCUGGAAAAGGACGAUGAAAUUUAUAAGGAGAAGCUGCCCAAGUUUUUUCCUAUCGCCUGACCCUCACACUUCCCAUGCUCCGAAAGCGCAGAUCCCUGUGAGGAACCUCUGUCCUCAAAGCUCUGAAGUGGCUUCCUGCAAAUCCGGCUGCUGCCUCUGCAGAAGGAGACGCCGGAUCUUUUCCGAGGGGCCAAAGCUAGAAGACAACACCCACCCAGCUUCCCUCAGGCGCCAUCGGCCGCAAUUCCAGAAUAAAAAAUGGCAAAGAUGA